AUGGAAUCGGCAAAAGUCAGUACAAUGAGCGACGCCCAUAAUCCUCAAGACCGCCAACCGAGAGACCUGACAUCCAUAUUAAUGGACCUCGAGGAUCGAGCCGACCGGGUAUUGACAAGUCUUUACUUGCUCAAGCAGCUAGACGACGAUUUUCCAGCUAUCGAGACAGCCAUAGAGCAGCAAGACUGUGUUGAUAUCAUUCGCUCCCAUACCGAGAAAAUGGAGGCCAACUUAGAGGUCAUGGAGCGGAAGAGCGAUUUGCUAGACGAUGAACGAGUCUGUGACUGGAUGAACAACGGCAGAGAUGACACAGAGAAAGAGAACAGGAACGAGUUUCUCAAUCGAUUAAUCAAGAAGAUGGAGGGUUUGCAGAAACAGAUGGCGGAAGCGAGGAGGGGUUUUGUCGGAUAG